CAGAGAGACACACACACACACACACUCUCAAACAUACACACUCUCGGACACACAGACGGACAACAGUGCAGACACUUAAGAAGACAAAUUGUCGGAAGAGAAAAGUGAUAGACUGGUUUGAGGAAAGAAGAGAGAGAAGAGCGAGACGAGAGAGAGAAGCUUUGGCGACAGGUGAAGAUGCUGUGUCCUGCGUGGCUAUUGGCUGUGGCCGUGGUGGGCGUGGUCAGAGGGGUGAAAGGUCAGUGCUGGGAGAACCCUCGCUGUCAUGACCUCAGCUCUGAGAACAGCAUCCUGGAGUGUAUCCAGCUCUGUCGUUCUGACCUCACCACCAAAUCUCCCAUCUUCCCCGUCAAGGUGCAUCUCCAACCCCCGUCCCCCUCCGACUCUCCUCCCCUCUACUUACCUCUGUCCCUCCUCUCCCCAUCCUCCCCCCUGUACCCCGCGGAGCAGCAGAACAGUGUGUCCCCCCAGGCCAAGCGUUCCUACUCCAUGGAACACUUCCGCUGGGGAAAGCCUGUGGGCCGUAAGCGUCGGCCGGUGAAGGUCUACACCAACGGUGUGGAGGAGGAGUCCUCCGAGGCCUUUCCCAGCGAGAUGAGACGAGAGCUGGGCACCGACAACGCCAUGUACCCCUCCCUGGAGGCUGGGACUGCGGAGGGGGGCGAGGCAGAGGGCACGGAGGGGGUGUUUAGUCUUCAGGAGAAGAAAGACGGCUCGUACAAGAUGAACCACUUCCGCUGGAGCGGACCGCCUGCCAGUAAGCGCUAUGGAGGGUUCAUGAAGAGCUGGGACGAACGCAGUCAGAAACCACUGCUCACGCUGUUCAAAAACGUCAUUAUCAAAGAUGGACAGCAGAAGAGAGAGCAGUGAGGGAGGGAGGAAAUACCAUUUCCAGGGUUGAGGGAGGAAGAGAAUGUCACUGUAGGACUUAGAGCCAGUAAGCUCUCAUUUGAUUUGCCAUUAGGAGACAGACCAGUUUUGUGAUUGGCUAAAAGCACUGUCCUCUGACGUAGCGAUGAUGUUAGCUAAUACUGUAAUUUUGUCUCCAAUAAAUCCUAACUCUGUACAGAA